UCCCCAUUAAAACCAAUUUAUUAAAGGAAAUUAAUGAUAAAUGGACUAAACGAGUUGGUGAAGAUAAAGGCUCAACACCCACCCUUCCUUGGAAGUAAUCUUCAAUCACCCCUUUGCCUUCAAAACCAAUUUUCAUCCACAGAAAACAUGUUUGGUCCUGCCAAAAAGCUGCCCCAAUCUGAUUUCAGAAUGUCGAAACACACGGGGAAGAAGUACGAUUCCAGGGUGCAAAAGACUGCUCAAAAUUACAGGAGUUGGAACACCAUGGGAGCUGAUGGAACUGGCGUGAUGGAAGAUGAGUCUGGGGUUUCUACUCCUCCUUUAUGGGGAACUAAUCCUUCAACGAUUGGAAAUAACAUUAAUUACAGAUGUUUAUCGCCGUCAUCGCAAGCUCAGGCCAUCGCUAGAGGCCAAAUGGAGCUUAUGGAAAUGGUUAGCAGAAUGCCCGAGUCUUGUUUCGAACUCACCUUGAAAGAUCUUGUGGAGCACCGGGAUCCGGCUGUUGAACCGAAACAGGAGAGUUGUGCUGUAGGGAGAGGUGCCAUCAAUGGAGAUACAUACAUCAAAGAUAAGGGGAAGAAGAAGAAUCAGAAACCGCGAAUCAAUAGAAUUGGGAGCAUUGAUAAUGGCGGGUUUCUUCUGAAAAUGGUGUUUCCUUUUUCCUCGGGGUCAAAGUCGAAGAACAAGAGGAAUGGUUCAAAUGUGAAUUACAAUUUUAGAGUUUCACCGAAGCCAACAGUAUCAGAUGAGUAUGGUAAGAGCAUAGACAAAGAGUGGUGGAAGAAGAGAUCGGGGUCGAGCGAGAGUGACAGCGGUGGAUCCAAUGUAACCAGUGGAAGCACCAAAAGCAGCCGUAGCAGCAGCAAUACCGGCGGCAGGCGUAAGGGGAAGUGUUGCUUGUCUUUCAUCUUCAAUAGGAAAAUCAAAGCAUAGCGGUAAAACACCAGCCUUGGGCCAUGUUUGAAAAUGGAGUUCAAUAUGCAAAUUAUCUUUCCAGUAUUGCGAAAUGUUUACGUAAAAUGGGUACAUGAGAUUUCCCAGACAGCUGCAAAGUCAGUGUAUGUUCAGAUUCAGACAGAGUUCUCUGUUUUUCUUUUUCCCAUUAGAGUGAGGAAGAAUCAUGAUUUUGCCUUCCAAUAUUAGUUUGAAGUGAGCAGAAAACAUCGCUUACCAUAACCAAAAUUCAGAGCUGCAUGGGAUUAUUACAUGUUCGAUCUGAUUAUCUAGUUUCCCCUGUAAUUGUUAUCU